AUGCGCGUCGUCGUCGUCGGCGGCGGCGCGGCCGGGUGCGCGGCGUCGUUCGCGCUCGCGCGCGCGGGCGCGGACGUGGAGACGCUCGAGCGCGGCGACGCGCUCGGCGGCGUCGCGACGAGCGAGGUCGUGGGCGGGACGACCAUCAACGACGGCGUGCAGGGCGGCGCGACGAGCUACGCGAACGCGCGAGCGAUCAUGGAGGCGUGCGGGACGGAGACGCCGCAUUGGGUGGACGUCCGAGUGAGCUUCGGGCGAGGAGAGGCGCACUGGCGGAAUCACGGGGAGGCGACGGCGCUGACGCGAGCGCUGCGAGACGACAUCGCGAGGUUUGAAAAGACGCUGAAACGCAUAAAACGGUUCGAGGCGCUGUACGCGUUCGUGAGCGUGGAGCGAGCGCUGCGAUGGCACGGACACUCGAAGGCGUUUCGGGAUCGGAUGGUGUACGCGACGACGGCGUUGUUUUUUGGGACGGGGAACUGCACGCGCAAGGUGAGCAGCAUCGUGCUCGCGCGCGUGUUCAACGAUGAUCGAUUGCGGUUGUAUGAUUACGAUCCCGUGCGGUUUAUGAGCGAAGCGCCGAAAAUGUUUGCGUUUCCAAAGUUUUCGGAGAUGUAUCGUCGGAUCGGGGAGGACAUAACGAGUCACGGGGGUCGGGUGACGUUGAACGCGCGCGUGGUCAAGGUUGAGCGCGAGAAAAAGUGCGUUCGAGUGCACUUUGAAAACGCCGAAGGGGCGAUCGAGGUGCGAGAGUGCGAUCGCGUGAUUUUCGCGUGUAACACCGAGCAGUCGAAGGCGAUGCUCGAUGCGGGCACGGGGACGUCGAUGAUGGAGCGCCACAUUUUCAACAACAUCGAGUACUUUGACGACGUCUCCGUCACGCAUUCCGAUGAGGCUUACAUGAAGAAGCACUACGAAGUCGCGGAAGACGUGCGCGAUAUGUACUUUAUCAAAUCUUACGACGAUGAUCCGUCGCUGUGCGAGAUGAGCUUCGACCUGACGGCGUACCAACCGUUCGCCAAGGGCGCGAACGGCGAGCGAGUGUAUCAAUCCAUCUUCUUGAACGCCGCAAAAGACAAAUCGCGAUGGACUCGCGACGAAAUCGACCCAAAUCGCGUUUUACUCGUCAAGUGGUGGCGACAAUUCGGCCACACGGUUCGGCAUUUCACGCGCGCCGUACCUUUUUGGCGUUUCGUCCAAAACAAGCGUCGUACGCUCUACGCCGGCUCGUACACUUCGGUCAACACGCACGAGAUCGCCAUCAUUUCCGGUCUCGUCGCCGCGUACCGCUGUGGUGCGCCUUAUCCAUUCGCUGACGACGUCGCCGCGAGCUUUCAGUUCGAUUUGUACGCCUCCAUCAUCCACGGCGUCAAGCGGCGACGUUGA